UUCGAACUUUCCGGUAUUUCCUCUUCUUCUGUCUUUCCAUUUCCUGGAAACACAAAAAAAAAAAAAAAUGGAAGAAGCAAAAAAAGAACUUGAAAUUUUAGAAACUCAGCAUCCUAACAAAUUUGAAUAUCUCAAGUUGGAAUUAAGAUCCUUCAUAUCUUUUCUUGAAUCUCACUACUCUGACACUCUUCCUUCUUCCUCCUAUGUUGAUACUCAAGAGUCAUCAAGUAACAGGAAGAGGAAAAAUGGAAGCUUUGGUAGUAAAGAACAACCUAAGAAGAAGCUGCAAAGGGUGGGACAGGAUACUGUUGGAUGUAGAAAGAGGAGUAGGAUUGAUGUUGUUAUGGAGAGGGCUCAAGCAUGUCUACGAAAAAUUCAACGAUUCAAAACUAGUAACAAGUGACUUUCUUGUAAAUGCAUAGAUAGUUCCAGUCGAAAACAAGAGGAUUUGAUGAAAUCCAUUUUAUAUUCGGGGACUGGUUUUUGACAUAGGAUGAGAUGGAAGGGUUGGUUCUUGGAUUAUGUUUAAACUACUAUUGGAAAUUUUAAAGGCCAUUGGGCAUUUUGUAAUGAUCUUCACCAAUAUCAUGUAACAGCACUAAAAAUGUUUGUGCAGUAAAAGAAAGCAAGCUGACACACUUGCUAGUGACUCUCAUGUCUC